CGAGCGACAGAAACACACAGAGAGAGAGAGAGAGAGAGAGAGAGAGAGCACGCGCGGACAGAGCGGAGCGAACGCGCUUGGGGGGCUGGCAGCCGGGGGUCUUGAAUCAGCAGAACGCGGCUGUCUUGAGGGCCAACGCUGCCUUCGCACUACUGCUCUCCUCUUCCUCCAUCAAACCUCUCAGCGCUCAGACGACAAGGAGAAACGCGCCGGCCAACGAUGGGGAAAAAGAACAAGAAAGGCUGCGACCUGAAGGGCUUCCUGAAGAAGAACUGGCUGCUCAUCACCACGGUGGUCGCCGUGGUCUUGGGCAUCGGCUUGGGCCUCCUCGUCCGUGAAUAUGCCACGCUCUCUAACCUUGACAAGUUUUACUUUGGCUUCCCCGGUGAAAUCCUCAUGCGAAUGCUGAAGCUGAUCAUCCUGCCCCUCAUCAUAUCCAGCAUCAUAACAGGAGUGGCCGCCUUGGACUCUGAGGUGUCUGGGAAGAUCGGCCUGCGUGCCGUCGUUUAUUAUUUUUCCACCACCAUCAUUGCUGUCAUAUUAGGAAUUGUGCUGGUGAUGACCAUCAAGCCAGGGGUGUCACAGAAGGCCGAUGACAUGGACCGGACCGGCUCGACGCCCGAUGUCAGCACCGUGGACGCCUUGCUGGACUUGCUCAGAAACAUGUUCCCGGAGAACCUCAUCCAGGCCUGUUUCCAGCAGUACAAGACAAAGCGUGAAGAGUUAAAGCCACCAAGUAAACCGGAGACGAACAGCACCACGUCCAUCAUGCCAACGGUCACCAUGAUGACUGCUGUACCCGAGAACGUAACCAAGGAUUACAAAAUCGUUGGCCUCUACUCCGAUGGCAUUAACGUGCUGGGUCUCAUCGUCUUCUGCCUCGUGUUUGGGAUUGUCAUCGGGCAGAUGGGCGAGAAGGGCAGGCUGCUGGUGGAGUUCUUUGACGCCCUGAAUGAUGCCACAAUGAAGAUAGUGCAGAUCAUCAUGUGCUACAUGCCAAUUGGAAUUCUGUUCCUGAUUGCUGCUAAGAUCAUCGAGGUGGAGGACUGGGACAUUUUCCGGAAGCUGGGCCUGUACAUGGUGACCGUGCUGGCAGGGCUUGCAAUCCACGCCAUUUUCUGCCUUCCGCUCAUUUAUUUCAUCAUCGUGAGGAAGAAUCCGUUCACGUUUGCGUUGGGAAUGGCGCAGGCUCUCCUGACGGCGCUGAUGAUCUCCUCCAGCUCUGCCACUCUUCCUGUGACGUUCCGCUGUGCCGAAGAAAACAACCGAAUAGACAAGAGGAUCACCCGCUUUGUGCUGCCCGUGGGGGCCACCAUAAACAUGGACGGGACAGCCCUCUACGAGGCCGUGGCUGCCAUCUUCAUCGCCCAGCUGAACGACUUGUCCCUGGAUGUCGGCCAGAUUGUGACUAUCAGCAUUACGGCGACGGCUGCCAGCAUCGGGGCUGCGGGGGUCCCUCAGGCCGGUCUGGUUACCAUGGUGAUUGUCCUGACUGCUGUUGGCCUCCCAGCGAAGGACGUCACACUUAUCAUUGCAGUCGACUGGCUCCUGGAUCGUUUCCGGACCAUGAUCAAUGUGCUCGGCGAUGCCUUUGGAGCGGGCAUUGUCCAGAAACUGUCAAAGAGCGAGCUGGAGAGGAUGGACCUUUCUUCAGAGGUGGACGUCAUCAACCCGUUUGCCUUGGAGACGACCAUCAUGGACGAAGAGGAGCACGAGAAGAAGUCGUAUAUCAACGGGGGCUUCACUGUGGAUAAGAGUGACUCGAUCUCCUACACGCAGACCUCCCAGUUCUAGGGGGCGCCACCGCUCGUUUGAUUUCCUAUCAUCGAAGGCCAAGGCCUCCGAGCAGACAAUUAGCCUCACGCUGCUCCAUUCUUUUUGUCAUUCCUGGCAAAUCUGUGGGUGAAACUGAAAAAACACAACGCAACAGUCAAGCGAAGCCCAAGUGGCCGAGUGAGUCUCUCCACGCCUCAGAGGCCGUCAGGGUCCACGUGUGCCAAACGGAUGAGGGAUGAGACUUGAACCCACAUCUCAGAAGAAAACAUUUUGCCUGAAAUAGUGCAUGGUGUUUAGAAAACAAAAUCAAGUAAUUAAGCCAAAAAUGAAAAAAGAGCAUCAGGCCAAAGCGAAGCAGGACCAGCGCCACGGCCUGCCGAGUCCCGCACUCGCCCGCCAUCCUUUGUGCCAUCUGUCACCCUCUACCUGUCACUGACACUUUAAAAAAGCUGUGAAGUUUGACACUACUGAGCCACCUGCUCCCGCUUGGUCCGCCUUCUCCUCUUCACCAUUGACUGUUUUUUGGUCUCUUGUGCCUGCUUUUGUACUUUUGGUGCCAAAUCAGAUGCCAGUCUCACUUGAUGUACUAUCACUCCAAGGCCUCACGUUCAAAUCCCACGCUUUCUUCUCAUCUUCUGUGCUAAAAUGUGCCAGCUAGUGAAGUUCUGCUUGUCUGAGAUGUCCAUGCCAGCGCUGCCUCUGCAUGCCCUGGCCACCGAUUUAGUGCCCAUCUCUCUGUUAGUUUUUAAACCUGCCCUGUCCAGUCCAAAGUUUAUCAAAGCAGGACCCAGACCCAGCUGGGGUGCCAAUCCAAUGCUGGGCACAUUCACUUAUGCCACACCAGUUAGUCUUUUAGGAACAAACACACUCACAUGGUGAGAACAUGCCAACGUCUUUGAACUGGCCCACUCCGGUGGGCAUCUACUGUGGCUUAACAGCUGCCAGGAAGGUCACUGGCUUGCCAGCAGUGUCCCCAGGAGUAUGUCACUUUGUCGUGGGCCUUUCUCAGCCGCUCUCGGCUCCCCUUGUUGCUGUGCCAGUCGUACACUCACCCAUACAGCUUUUCUUCGCUGUCUUUACUGUAAGCGGGUGAACCCCUCACUUGGGCACCAGUUAGCCUCCCAACGUGCCCUGUUAUGUUCUGCUAGCUCAGGAAGCUCACUUUGAGGCUUUGCCUGCAGGAUGCCACUGCCGUUCUGCCUCUCCACAGUCAGCCUUACCCCGACUUCUACACGCAGGCCCUUGGCCCGCACAGCUCCACAUUUCUACCUUUUACAUUAAAAAUGCAGAUGUUUGUCUCCGUGUCCCCUUUCGUUAACACCACACUGGCGUUUUACACCCAUGAGAAGACUCGAAUUGCGCUCUGAUUGGCUCGUGCUUAUUAGGCGGGCCUUCUCUGAUUGGAUUCUGCUCAUUAUGAUGUCGCAUUCCCUGAGGUAUUGAAGAGUUGCUUUCCGUGGCACUUUUUGGGUUGCUUGUUUGCGUUUGGCACAGUUGGAAUUCUUCACUAAAGGCAGAUAAUUCGCGAAUUGCUACAGUUUAGUGAUAAAUCUCACAGUUGGCGACGUUACCAUCCCUUGAAGGGUCGCUGGAUUUCAAACUCGCGGUCAGGUGCCUACUCCCAGUGCAGGGCAGCAUCACUAGUCAUAAGCGAGGCCCACAAUGGACAUGUCCCAGUACACGCGUGCAGUGCGCACCCGCUGCUGGGCUGACCCCAUCAGCUUCAGGACGUUUGAGGGCCACGUCAGAAGUUCUGCUCUUGAGAGCCGACUGAAACUUCUGAUGGGACAGAAAUUCUGAUUGUACAACGGGCCAAUCGUAAAACGCAAGUCUCCUUCCGCAGGUCAAGUGACAUCCGAUGAAGCGGAAAAUGAGUUGCGACUACCAGUUAAAACUGUGCCCAAGUCGCAGGGUGUAGGCCACUUUUAGACGUCUAUGAACCUCGUGUGCCCAGUGUAGGCGGACGACUACGCCAGAUGCGGUUUUGGUUGUUGGGGUGUGGAGGAGAAUACAUCUGUAGGUGACGUGACGAUGCUGCUGUGGGUGGAGAGCACUUUCAUUUAAACAUCGAAUGUAUCGUUAUUGUUUGCCACCCAAGAAUCCUGCCACACUUGUCCCGUGACAAACUGAGAUCUGCCCUCGAGAUGCCCCCGUGAGCCUCUCGGCUUCCCACUUUGUUGAAUUUCUCGGUGGUGGUUUGAAGGAAUCAAAGCUGAUUUGCUGCCUGCUUGUAUGCAUGAAGCGGGUAUCGUAUCGCUCCAAACACAAUUUCUGGUUGGCGUACUUAUGUUUAGUGGGGUGCAGGAUGAAUGUUCUCACUGGGAAGCUCACAUUUCCCACAUCCACACUUCCCAGCAUUAAAGUGCCAUUACUGAAGUUGGGCAGAGGUUGCUGAUCUCUUCACCGUGACGGCUGCCACGCUCUUCUUCUUAUCAUUUGUGGGGCACCAUCUGUUGGAAUGUGUUUUAUAAGGCAUGUCUUAAUAAACUGCAUUGCAUUUUUCAUUUCAACAGAUGGUGCACUGCUGUAAGGAAUCAGAAGGCAAAUCAAGCAGCAGACAAACGGACACCAUGACUUAAUAAAGGAAAUUUUAAAUUG